CGCUUCUUCUUCUCUGUACAAAAUCCAAAUACAGAACGGGCUUAUCGGUCUAAUUGGUACCGUAGACACCACCAAUAGUAAAAGGAGUUCAAAAAUACAAUACAUAAUAGCCCAAAAUCACUUCCCCGGCCACGUGCUUAAGCCCAAGUUUAUGACAUGUUUUACAGUUUCAAGACUCUUUUUCCCAUCGAUACGCGCGUCCAAACGUUGUCUCAUCCUGUGUCUGAACGCGUAACGUAACCCUUUGUCAAAGUUCUGUCCCAAAGAUCCCAAACCUGACAUUCAAAGUUUAGCUACCAGUCCCAUAUGAAAAUUCAGAGCCCACACCGAAGAGCAAUGUGUACUUGUUGCUUAAUGUGGCAAGUUACAAAGCCAUAGAAGAGGUUCAUGAUUAGUGGUUAAUUAACCAACUAACUGGAAACAACAACAAUCACCAUGGCAUUGGAGACAGCGUGGUAUGGUUUCGUGUGUUUUGGAAUAGUUGGGGUGGCCUUUUUAGGAGCGUUAUUGGUGCUGGGAAUGAACGAGAGAGUUUCCCGAAGGGACUUUGAGACCACCUAUGAGAGCCUUUUGUUGUCUCGACCUGACGAUGAAGUGAUCGUGGAUGUUCUGCCCAGUUAUCACGUCAGCACCUCACAGCUAUGGACAAGUUGCUGGCAAGGAUUGCACCCCUUUUGCCUCCUUUGUACCCGUUUCCUUUCCUUUGUCAUCAUGCUUCUUUUCUUGCUCUGGGAUGUUCUACUAUACGAUGCCAGAAUCUUUGUUUACUACACUGAGUGGACUUUUGCGUUGGUUAUUGUAUAUUUUGCGUUGGGAACCACAAUAUCUGUAUAUGGAUGCUGGAAGCUCCUUAAUAAACCUCUCAUUCACAAUGGUAAAAAGGAUGAGUUUCUGAGCAGGGAUGUGGAAGAGAUAAACACCUACCAAGAGAAAGAAGCAAAGGAUUCCAUCAAGUUGGAAAGGCGAUAUGUUGAAGAGGAAUUUGAACAAAGAGCAGGGUUUUGGGGUUACCUCAUGCAAACUACGUAUCAGACAUGUGCAGGGGCUGCCAUCUUAACAGACAUUCUAUUUUGGAGUGUUAUAGUUCCCUUCUUACAAAUUUCUCAUUUAAGACUAAGCCCGUUGAUGGGAUGCAUGCAUGCAUUGAAUGCAUUUUUCCUCCUUCUGGAUACAGCUCUUAAUAAUCUCCAAUUCCCUUGGUUUAGACUCUCCUAUUUCGUUCUCUGGAGCUGUGGUUACGUCAUUUUUCAAUGGGUCAUCCACGCAUUUGGUUUCAAAUGGUGGCCAUAUCCCUUUCUCGAGCUUAACAACGAAUGGGCUCCUAUCUGGUAUUUGUGCCUGGCAGUAAUUCAUGUCCCUUGCUAUGGCGUGUAUUACCUGAUAGUGCGAGGGAAAAAUACCAUUCUUCCCAGAUUGUUCCCUCGAGCAUUUUUAAGGUCACACUAGUUCGCUUGUCUAUGGAAGUUCUGUAAAAACUAGGAAGGACAUGUUUGUUUGAAUAAAAAAAAAGAAGCUAAAUGGAAGUUGCAACUGUAAUUGUAAGUAACUUCUUAUUUAUAUUUUGAUGGGAAUAAAAGUUACUAGAUGUUAAUAUAGUUUUUCUCA